AUGGCAGCACUCACAUCGCCAUAUUCAACACUGCCGCAAGGCAUGAACAUUCACCAAUGGCGGCGAAUGCGUAAUUCUUUUGGCUCCCCAGAAUCUGCCCUGCACGCCUGCGUCCGCGAUGACCACAUCCUGGAGCUACGACGGCUGAGCUCUCGGUGCUCCGCCCAAGAGCUCGAAUAUGAAGCCGAGGGUUUUGGCACACCUCUUCAGGUUGCAGUAUUGUGCGACAAUAUGGCCGCGAUUGAAGUUCUUUUGCAUGCUGGCGCGGACCCCCUAGUCGUGAACCCAGGCGAGGAGACACCUACAUCGGCAUUCAACGUAGCUAUUCGAGCUGGAAAGCGUGAUAUUUUCAAUCGCCUGUGGGACCACACGAAGCCAGGCAUAAAUGCGGCUACGAGGUAUCCCUACGCGACAUUUCUCAACGAAGCGGCUUCUUAUGGUCAGGCUGCCAUUGUCGAGGACCUUUUGGAUUGGUGCCGUGGUUGGUCUAAUGCUGCCAAGACGUUUGCCCUGAACCAUGCGGCGGCAAGAUGGGAGGUUCACGUUAUCAGUGUCCUCCUUAGCCGACUUGACUAUUCACAAGAGACGAUUACGUAUGCUAUGCAUUGUGCAGUUGGGUUUAAGUUUAGUUUGUACACCGAGGGCUUUGAGGCAAACUACGACGGCGUAGACUACCUUCACCAACAACAAGUCAUUGCGCAGCUAAUUGAUGCUGGUGCUGAUCCCAACAGCAAACCCCGUGGCGAAAAUCUCGUAAUCAAAGCCGCAUCAUCCAUUGAUCUAGCUGGCGGCCUAAAAGCGCUUCUCGAAAAGGGCGCAGACCCCAAUGGAAGAGGCCGCGAUGGGGGAAGUGCACUUCAUCAUCUUGGCUCCCCAGUUCAAGUUAGGCAGCGUCCAGAGAAGCGCUUGCACGAGACAGGUAUUCGUCUCUUAAUAGAUCACGGCGCGUCUGUGACGCAAAGGGAUAUAAUAGGCAACACGCCCCUUCAUUUCGCUGCAUUCGGCUCCAACAUACGUGUCUUCGCUCUUUACGCAGAUAGCUUGACCAACCAUGAUCAAGACAUUGCAUUGGCAGCAAUGGAGAACGACAAUGGAGAGACACUUUUGCACUGGGCCGCUGCUGGCGGUAAAGCUGACAUCGUACACGAACUGUUAUCUCGUGGUCUAGAUGUUAAUAGCACGACCGCCAACGGCUGGACACCAUUGAUGUGCUCACUGGUUCCUAUAGCAUCAAUGAAGAAGUCCCAUCAGGUAGUACAGGCUGCGACUGUCCUACUUACCCACGGUGCUGAUCCUGUCCUGUGCACGGCUGAGGGCUGGACAGCAUUACAUUGCUUAUCACUACAUCUAGACGACGAUGCUAUGAGUUAUAUGGCGCAACUUGCCGAGGACUUGCUUUUCAGAGGUGCUCCUCUCCAAGUUCCCGCUCCAAUGCUUAUCCGCCAUUCGACGACAAGCAGUGCCCGAUUGCAUGGCCAAGAUAUUGGGCUCUGGGGAUCCCGUGUACAGGAUGCAAUGCAGCUUGCCGCCACCGCACCAGACAUGGUCCGACGCAACGGAACACCACUUCACUGGGCGGCAUAUCACGGUGCCGUCGGUGUGGCAAGUGCUCUGCUGGCACAUGGCGCGGAUGCUUUUGCAGAAGACGAGCGUGGAAAUACGCCGGCUAGACUGGCAGUUGAAUCGCCGUUGCUUACAGGUACCAGGGGAUUGGAUGCGAGGGACCAGCUAUUGCAAGUGUUCCGUGACGUUGGGGUCGAUAUCUAA